AUGCCAAUCACCUGGACCCCAGAAAAUGUCUCCCGCCUCUUCCUUGUCACUCUUGCCGUCCAUCACAUCCAUAUGGACUACAAGCAGAUCGCAGCCGCCUUUGGUGGUGACGCCUCCCCCCGUGCAAUUGAAGAAAAGAUGAAGAAGCUUCGUAAGGAAGCCCGUGAAUUCGGUGACGGCACCCUAGACUUCCUCGUCAGUCGAGGACGCAAGGAUGGGGGUGGCAAGUCGAACGGGAAAGGCGGAGCUAGCAAGGCAAAGCACAACAAGGGUCGUGCGAGGCCAAUCAAGUACGAGGACGGCAGGAUCAAGUGGGAAUAUGAUAACUGUGAAGACGAUAGUGAGGGAGAGUCUGGGGGGCUAAGUUCACGUGGGUAUGGAGACUUGAUGGAAUGUUAUUUGAUGAAGAAAGAAAACAAGGUUGAAGGAGGGGUAGAGAAUGGCGGGGCUCUUGUGGGUAUGGUUGUAGAUGGUGCUAUGGAAGCCAAUCCUAAUCCAUACUACAUGGUCGAUCCCAUGUUCUCAACUGGAGGCUACAAUCAACAUCAGCCGAUGCUUAGUGAACAAGACCAGCAGUUGCAAAUGGAAACCGAUGAUAUCAGGUCGGUUAUGGACCCCAUGCUUACGAACGGCUUGAGCAAUAUGAGCUUUCAAAAUAAUGGAGCUGUUGGAACGGUUGAGAACGGCCUGCAGGACGGGAGCACGGCUAGUCCUUUAGCUUGGGAGCACAACCAAGAUUUGAGGGACUUGAAUAAUGAGUUUAGGGCAAUCAAUCAUAGUGAGCAAGGUGAACUCAUGGUUAUCGAGGGAGGUAUGCAAAUCCAAGUUGGCCAUGAAGAUCAUGGGAUCAAUAGUAUGCAUGAAGAGGCGGACGGGGGCCGUGCCGAUGUUGGCGGAGUCCAGGACGAAAGGAUGGGUGCCUUGUCUGAAAUGGUGACUGGAGCUUCGUCAUAG